UGAGAGGGAGUGGACAGACUUGACCCACACCACACCACACUAGAAGAUGGAGCUCAACUGAUUUAGUCCAUUUUACAAACUUUACAAAAAGAAAAAAUCUGUUUCCUCUGGAACAGAAUACUGUACAAUUAGAGGGCAAGGAGAAGAAGCUCUCUAUUUUCAUAAUCAAGAAUGGCAUAGAUUCUCUAAAAGACACUAUAUUGUAUGUUCUUUUGUGCUCUUUCCUUGUCUUUCUUUAUGAUUGAUUGUAGAGAAUUGACACCCAGAUCAUAUUUUUGGUUUUUGUGAUUCAUUUCUGGUUCCAUUAGACAUUUUAGCUUCAAUUAUUUUCUUGAUUUCAUGGCAGUCCCAUUAAAUUCAGUAUCCAUAAUAACAAAUCCAUCACCAGAAAAUGCAAGAAAUUCUUGUGGAUUUUCUACCCACAUACCAAAGUUCCUUCCUUUCUUCCAAAGUAAGAGCAUUUCAAGAAAUUUAGCUUCUUCCCAUUUAAGUCCAGCUCUAAAAGAACAGGUACCAGUAGCUUCAAAGGGCAGUAUUUUCACUCUACCCAAUUGGAGGUCAGGCAAAAAUGACCCAAGAAACAAAGAACUUAGGCUUUAUGAUGCAUUUUUGUAUUUGGAAUACAUGGUGGGAAAGGGACAAAAGCCUGAUAAAACUCAUGCAACUCAGCUUUUGUAUGAUCUUUGUAAUUGUAAUAAACUUAGGAAAGCUGCUAGAGUUAUGGAAAUGAUGGUGAGUUCUGGUACUAUACCUGAUGCUGCUUCUUAUACUUUCUUGGUGAAUAACUUGUGUAAGAGAGGAAAUGUUGGUCAUGCUAUGCAAUUAGUUGAUAAAAUGGAAGAAUAUGGAUAUCCAACAAAUACUGUGACUUACAAUUCUCUUAUAAGAGGACUUUGUAUGAGGGGGAACUUGAACAAAAGCCUGCAAUUUGUCGAAAAGUUGAUCCAGAAAGGGUUGGUACCAAAUGCAUAUACUUAUUCUAUAUUGCUUGAGGCUAGUUAUAAAGAAAAAGGGGUUAAUGAAGCAAUGUUGCUUUUAGACAAUAUUAUUGCCAAGGGUGGAAAGCCUAAUUUGGUUAGUUACAAUGUUCUCUUAACUGGGCUGUGCAAAGAAGGAAGAAUAGAUGAGGCGAAACAAUUCUUUAGAAACUUGCCAUCAAAAGGGUUUAAUCCUAAUGUUGUCAGCUAUAAUAUCUUGUUGAGGAGCUUGUGUUUUGAAGGACGUUGGGAAGAAGCGAAUGAGUUUCUGGCGGAGAUGGUUGGAGAAGAUCGUUCACCAUCGAUUGUAACAUACAAUAUAUUGAUUAGUUCGCUUGCUCUUCAUGGACAAACGGAUCAUGCUAUCAAGAUUCUGGAUGAAAUGUACUUUGGAGAACAGUUCAAGCCAAUUGCUGCUAGCUACAAUCCGAUAAUUGCACGUCUCUGCAAAGAUAGGAAAGUGGAUGCAGUAAUCAAGUGUCUUGACCAAAUGUUAGAACGACAUUGUAGUCCUAAUGAGGGGACAUAUAAUUCCAUCGCUGUGCUGUGUGACGAAGGAUUGGUUCAUGAAGCCUUCUCAAUUCUCCAAGCUUUGAGGAUUAAACAAAGCUUCUCUAGUCAUGAUUUCUAUAGAGCUGUGAUUUCUGGUUUAUGUAGGAAAGGGAACACAUUUGCAGCAUUUCAGCUUCUGUAUGACAUGACAGCCCACGGAUUUACUCCAGACUCUUACACCUAUUCAUCAUUGAUCAGAGGAUUGUGCUUGGAAAAGAUGUUGGUGGCUGCCGUUGAUGUAUUCUACAUGAUGGAAGAAAAUGGAUAUAGGCCUGAUGUUGACAAUUUCAAUGCGCUUGUGCUUGGUCUAUGCAAAUCCAAAAGAACAGACCUGUCGCUAAAGGUAUUUGAGGACAUGAUCAGCAAAGGUUAUAUGCCCAAUGAGAUAACAUAUACCAUUCUAGUCGAAGGCAUCAUCCAUGAAGAUCACAAGGAGCUUGCAUCAGUAGUCCUAAAGGAAUUGCACCGGAAAGAAGUAAUUAGUAGAAAUACUGUUGAAAGACUUGCUAUGCAAUAUGAGCUUGAGGACAUGGCAGUAUGCUGAUCUUUCACAAAAACAACGGCGUGUGGUCACAGGAUGAGAAACUAACAAAGGUUAUUCAUCAGCAAAUGCUAAAUACACCAAAUCAACAAAAAUUAUUUUCAUGCUGUAUGUCAGAUAGGAACUUUACACAACUAAUAAACCUUCGGGAUAAUUGGUUUUCAGAUAGGGUAGUUGAUUCAUAGUCGGCUUUAAAUAGGUGAGUGGUGAAACUUGUCGAUUCUCACUAGCUUGCUCUUGCUACUCAAUUGCUGUUACAAAAAUAGCUGUGUAUCUCCUUUAUCUAAAGCUUUCUUUCUAGUUGCCUAUUGUAUGCUAGAACAUACAGUAUUUGCUUUCUAAGUGAAACCUUACAGCUUCUUUCCCCUUGAAACAUUGUAUAUUAACUGAGCCUUAUAUGUAGAAAAACCCAAAAUUCUUUUCAUUAGUGUCGAUAUUAAUUUUUCUUA